CCCCUCUCCCUCUUCCUCCGUUUGUUUGCGUUCUUGUCACUUUUACCUGCAGUAAACGGUAGCAAGCAAACCGUACACGUUCGUCGGGAUAUAGUCGUGGAGCAGCAGAUCAGGCGCAGGAAGCUGUACUGAAUGUAACAAACCAUCUUCGUCAGAUUAGCAUCUCAGAUGAUUCGGUCGUACCAAGUAGUUAAACCAUGGAGAAAACACAUACACAUUUUUGCAUCUUCAUAUCAAGACCCAUCCACACCAACACCAGCGCCAGCACCGGCACAACUUGCUAAAUUACUACACCAAGUAGGCUCGAGGAGAUGAGUGACCAUGAGGCAAUCCCUGAAAGGCUUGCUGUGGUCACUGGUGGAAACAGAGGGAUCGGCAUAGAGGUGUGCCGCCAGCUUGCUCUCCAAGGUGUGACGGUCAUUCUCACAGCAAGGGAUGAUGAGAAAGGAAAAGCUGCGGUUGAGUCCCUUUGCCGUGAAUCUAACCUCUCCAACAUAAUCUUCCAUCAGCUUGAUAUACUGGAUGCUGGUAGUCGUGCCUCAUUAGCGCGAUAUAUCGAGACCAGAUAUGGGAAGCUCGACAUUUUGGUCAACAAUGCAGGUGUUGGAGGGGUGGCAGUAGACCAGGAAGGCCUGAGAGCUCUCAACAUUGAUCCUAAGAUGUGGCUAUCGGGCAAAGCAGCUCAUCUGAUCGAAUCGGUGAUUGUACAAACAUAUGACGAGGCCGUAAAAUGUCUUAACACCAACUACUAUGGGCUGAAAUGGGCAACAGAAGCUCUUCUUCCUCUACUGAAAAAAUCCACAUCAGGAGCAAGGAUUAUCAACACCUCCUCCCUCCGUUCAGAGCUGCAGAGAAUGCCGAACGAGAAGCUGCGGGAGUCCCUGCGCGACGCCGACAGCUGGGACGAGGCGCGGAUCGAGGCCAUGCUGAGCGAGUUCCUGGAGGACAUGAAGAACGGGCGGCUGGAGGUGGCUGGGUGGCCAAUGAUGCUGCCGGCCUACAGCAUGUCCAAGAUGGUGGUGAACCUCUACACCCGUAUCCUGGCGAGGCGGCACCCAGAGAUGCGCAUCAACUGCGUGCACCCUGGGUUCGUCAAGACGGAGAUCAACUGGAACACGGGGGUCCUCCCACCGGAGGAAGGCGCGAGGGGCGCGGUGAUGCUGGCGCUGGCGCCUGGCGACGGGCCCACUGGCUGCUACUUCGACCAGACGAAGAUGGGGGAGGCUUGGUGAUCGAUGGUUACACGACCGGUGCCAUUUUGUUUAGGUUUGCUUUUUUCCACGCUUCAGACCUUCAGUUUAGAUGUUUCUUAGCUAGGCUGGUCCAGCAAACAUGAUUACCAUUCGCUGCAUUGUGAAACGCGUCUGCAAUAAUAAGAGGUCUCAGCUUAGAUGUUUCC